CAUGCGCAGAAAAACAAACCGCUUACAGUGUUUUCUUCUUAGCAACACAGACGCUGGACCUGAUUAAAUGAAAUUAUUUUACAUAUAUAUUCCUUCUGGGAAGUGUCUAAAUUAAGCAGAAACUGCAAGAUUAACAGGGAGCUGCACACUUUACUGGAUGGAUGUAUGCUUGCAUUACAAGAAGGACCAAGAUAAACUGAACGAUGUAGUGUUCAUAACACAGAGGGCCUUGGAGGACUUUCCCUGCCGUGCUUUGCCAGCAUUCACACCUUGGUUUCCUUCUGCCGCUGACAGAUCUUUGCCAAUCAAACCUAAAAAUGCUCCUCCAGUAAUUUCAUCGAAGCUGUUGAAAAGUUCCAGAUGUCUGCAGAGAUCAGAGUUCGAGUUUUAUAGAAGUCAAUGUCCAGGUGAUAAAGACGUCUGUAAGAGGAAAUUGGUAACAAGCCCAGAAGCAGUUGAUAGAAAGGGGCCUGCACAAGUUGAGAAUGUGUCAGAAAAAUUUAAAAGGUCAUGGAGUGUCUUUUCACAUAAAAUGAGAACAAAUGAGAGCACACAGUCUUUCUCUAGACAGUUCCACAAGACUAUUGAGAGAUACAGACUUCACUUCCACCAGAGAGCCAAAUGGAUUAUUUGUGAGCUGAAUUGUGCACCGCAGAGUGUUGAAGAGGUUUGGACAAAGCUCAACCAUGCUAUUAAGCACUCCAGGCUUCCGACAUGCAAUGCCAAUUUUCAAAGGAACUUGCCCCAGAUAUGGGUGUACUGUGACAUAUUUUACUGUGAAUUCAUUGGAAAUUUCUUAAGGCAAAAAUUACAGCUCUCAGGAGAGAUUACUUUAGCAGUCCAUAAACUAGGGAACAUAUUUAAAUUGUAAACAUGUACAGUUAUUGUUCUAACCUCAUUGGAGUUACCGAUUUUUGUAAGUCGUGCUUGGCUGUCUACUUUUUGUAAUUAAUAAAGUUUUCAAACAAGA